UGUUGUAAUGGAAAAAGGACAGAGUGUGGAAUGGUUAGAUCUUCCCUCAGAGUUGUGGACAGUGAUAGCCGGGCAUGUCAACAAAGACAUUAUUACAUUCGACAUUCACCGGUUUAGCAGUGUCUGCAAAACAUGGCGCUACGCUCACCCUUCCACUCACCAUACACUUUUUACUCCUCGAGUUUACAUUCCUCUUAGUGAUGACAAAUCUUUCCUUCUUCAAACCAAAAUAUAUCGUCUCGAACCAUUACCACAUCAAGACCCCUCUAUUUCGUCAUCAAAAGGGUGGAUUAUAAUGCUGGGAGAAUCGGAAUCCAUGCCAAUUGAUCUCUUAAAUCCUUUCACCCGCAUCGCUAUCAAGGACGAUUUCCCUAACAUGUAUGAGUCAGGAGAGCGGGUGUUGAAUUUGACAAACUUUCAAGCUGUGGAGUUGAUUGAAGCAUUUACUCUAUGUAGUUGUAACUCUAAUAUUAAUAGGGUUCGUAAAACGGUGUUGUUCCCUGGUCAAAUUGUGUGUGCUCUGGAUAAGGAUGGAGAAUUAAGUGUUCACAAGAUUGGAGAAAAAAAGUGGUCCAAGAUGGAUUUGGAUUAUGAGAAGACACAUUAUCAUGAUAUAAUGUUUCACAUGGGACGUCUUUACGUAAUGGAUAAUCUGGGAACUGUUUUUUGGAUGAACCCUUCGUCCUUGGAGUUGAUACCGUUUUCACAAUCCUUAUGUUUGUGGUACGGUUACGGUUACCGGAAGCACAUGGUGGAAUCGGGUGGAAGUCUCUAUGUGGUUAAUAGGUAUAUUCCCUGGACUUACUAUGAUGGGGACAAGGCUGAUGUUGAAGUUUACAAGCUCAAUGAAGAAUGUGGUACAUGGGUAAAGGUGAAAAAUUUAGGUGAUCUUAUGUUUAUUUUGGGUGGAGACUCUAAUUUCUCUCUGUCAGCUCAAGAGUAUUAUGGCUGUGAAAGAAAUUGCAUCUACCUCUCUCAAGGAGGCAAGGUUUUUUCUUACAACUUAGAGAAUUCUGAGUUAAAGAAUCCUAAUCCUUUUUGGCCUUGUCCAAAUCUGUUCGCUUCAAAGUUCAAUCUGUAAUUGUAGUACACAUAUAGCUCUCAUAAAAGGUUUUUCAAGUAACAAUGUUUUCUCAAAAAGUUUGCUUAGGCUUAUUGCAGUAGGUGAUAUAUUUGAUGUUUU